UAACAGAUUAUGGAAGAAACAAAUACACAGAUUGCUUGGCCAUCAAAGUUGAAGAUUGGAGCAAAAUCAAAAAAAGAUCCUCAUAUUAAAGUGUCUGGAAAAAAGGAAAAUGUUAAAGAAGCGAAAGAGAAAAUCAUGUCUGUCUUGGACACAAAAAGCAAUCGAGUAACAUUGAAGAUGGAUGUUUCACAUACAGAACAUUCUCAUGUGAUAGGUAAAGGUGGCAAUAACAUUAAAAAGGUGAUGGAGGAAACAGGGUGCCAUAUCCAUUUUCCAGACUCGAAUAGGAAUAAUCAAGCAGAGAAAAGCAACCAAGUGUCUAUUGCAGGACAGCCAGCUGGAGUGGAGUCUGCAAGAGUUAGAAUUCGGGAGCUGCUUCCAUUAGUACUCAUGUUUGAAUUGCCUAUUGCUGGAAUUCUCCAACCAAUCCCAGAUCCUAAUUCUCCUACAAUUCAGCAUAUAUGUCAGACGUAUAAUAUUUCAGUUUCCUUUAAACAACGCUCUCGAAUGUAUGGUGCUACAGUCAUUGUCAGAGGGUCACAAAAUAACACUGGUGCUGUGAAGGAAGGAACAGCCAUGCUUUUGGAACAUCUAGCUGGGACCCUGGCCUCUGCAAUCCCUGUGAGCACACAACUAGACAUUGCAGCGCAGCAUCAUCUCUUUAUGAUGGGUCGAAAUGGCAGUAAUAUCAAACAUAUCAUGCAGAGGACUGGUGCUCAGAUCCACUUCCCUGACCCUAGUAACCCACAAAAGAAAUCUACUGUCUACCUCCAGGGCACAAUUGAGUCUGUCUGUCUUGCCAGGCAAUAUCUCAUGGGUUGCCUUCCUCUUGUGCUCAUGUUUGAUAUGAAGGAAGAAAUUGAAGCAGAGCCACAGUUUAUAACACAGCUAAUGGAGCAGUUAGAUGUCUUCAUAAGCAUUAAGCCAAAGCCAAAGCAACCAAGCAAGCGAAAUGCCUUAAAUAUGUAUGAGGCACGGAAAUGUCUCUUGGGACUUGAAAGUAGUGGAGUCACCAUAGCAUCAAAUCCCUCUACUGUCUCGUGCCCUGUUGGUCUGUCUUGUCCUGGUUUUGAUAUCUUGUCCUCAGCAGGACUAGGACUCACUGGGCUUGGCCUUUUAGGUCCAACAGCCCUGUCAGUCAACACCUCAACUGCUCCAAACUCUCUGUUGAAUGCCCUUAAUAGCUCUGUGAGUCCCUUGCAGAGUCCAAGUUCAGGCACACCUAGUCCCACGUUAUGGGCAACAUCUCUUGCUAACACAAAUGCCACAGGUUUUUCAGCUAUUCCACACCUAAUGAUACCAUCUACCGCCCAAGCAACCUUAACUAGUAUUCUGUUAUCUGGAGUGCCUAAUUAUAGUCAAAACACUCCAUCUCCACCACCAGGCUUGACUCCUGUUGAAGUCCAUGUCAAUGGCAUGCAAUCAGAGAAUAAAAAAGGCUCACCUUCUUUAAAUGGUCAUGUAAAGACCUCAAAUAUCAAGUAUGUGGCACUAUCUGCCGCAUCGCUAGGAGAAAAUGUGUUGAGCACAAACCACAGUGAUCCAGUAAGACAAACAAGUACUCAUGGUGCCUCAGAACAAGUAGCUGCCAAGUCAAAUAGUGUGGAAGGUUGCAAUGAUGCUUUUGUAGAAGUGGGCAUGCCUAGAAGUCCGUCCCAUUCAGCAAACACCAGUGAUCUGAAGCAGAUGAUGAGCUCUUCCAAGCAGGCCUGUGCUAAGAGACAAACGGUUGAAUUGCUGCACGGCACCAAAAACUCCCACUUACAUACCACAGAGAGACUGCUCUCAGAUGCAGAGUUAAGUGCUAGUGAAAGUCCUGUGGCUGAUAAAAAGGCUCCUGGAAGUGAACGGGCAGCAGAGCGAGCAGCAGCUGCCCAGCAGAACUCUGAAAGAGCACGUCUAGCUCCACAGCCUUCAUAUGUAAAUAUGCAGGCAUUUGACUAUGAACAGAAGAAGCUACUAGCAACCAAAGCUAUGUUAAAGAAGCCAGUUGUAACGGAAGUGAGAACUCCAACAAAUACAUGGAGUGGUUUGGGGUUCUCUAAGUCUAUGCCUGCGGAAACUAUUAAGGAACUAAGAAGAGCAAAUCAUGUGUCGUACAAGCCAUCUAUGACAACUACAUACGAGGGUUCAUCGAUGUCUCUCUCACGGUCCAACAGUCGGGAGCACCUAGGAAGUGGCAGUGAAUCUGAUAACUGGAGAGACCAUAAUGGGCUUGGACCUACAGCUCAUAAUGAAUUUGUCUCCUCAAUUGGCAGUCCAAAACGGAAACAAAAUAAAUCAGCUGAACACUAUCUCAGUAGCAGUAAUUACAUGGACUGCAUUUCCUCGCUGACAGGAAGCAAUGGAUGUAACCUGAACAGUUUGUUUAAGGGAUCUGAUCUGCCUGAGCUGUUCAGCAAGCUUGGUUUGGGCAAAUACAUAGACAUAUUCCAACAGCAAGAGAUUGAUCUGCAGACAUUCCUUACUCUUACUGAUCAAGAUUUGAAAGAGUUAGGAAUUACCACUUUUGGUGCCAGAAGAAAAAUGCUCCUUGCCAUCUCAGAAUUGAAUAAAAACCGAAGAAAGCUCUUUGACCCGUCAAACAUACGUUCAUCAUUCCUGGAAGGUGGAGCUAGUGGAAGACUGCCGCGUCAGUAUCAUUCGGACAUUGCUAGUGUCAGCGGUCGCUGGUAG